AUGGCGGAGCGGCUGCCACCGGGCCCUCCGGUGAUUUUUUGCCAGGACUCCCCGAAGCGCGUCCUGGUUUCCGUUAUCAAAACCACCCCGAUCAAGCCCUCCUCGCGAGGGGGCGGUGAUGAGCCGGUGUCCGCACCGCCAGUGCCCACCAGCCCUGGCUUUAGUGACUUCAUGGUCUACCCCUGGCGCUGGGGCGAGAACGCUCACAACGUGACCCUCAGCCCCGGCGGCACCGGCGCACCCCCGGCCCUGCCGCCGUCCCGCGGAGGAGCUGGCAGGGCCCCCGCUGGGGACGAAGAGGAGGCGGGCAGCCCGGGAAGCGGCAGGCACCGCCACCUGAAGGAUGGGACGAGGCGUGGCCGGCCGAGAGCAGACACCGUCCGUGACCUCAUCAGCGAGGGAGAGCACUCCUCCAGCAGAAUACGUUGCAAUAUCUGUAACAGGGUCUUCCCACGAGAGAAAUCGCUGCAGGCCCACAAACGAACGCAUACUGGUGAAAGGCCUUAUAUGUGUGACUACCCAGAUUGCGGGAAAGCCUUUGUUCAGAGUGGGCAGCUCAAAACUCACCAGCGUCUCCACACAGGGGAGAAACCUUUCGUCUGCUCGGAGAAUGGCUGUUUAAGCAGAUUCACCCAUGCAAACCGUCAUUGCCCCAAACAUCCAUAUGCUCGACUGAAGAGGGAAGAGCUCACAGACAGGCUGAGUAAGAACCAGACAGCUGACAAUAAAGCUGUGGCUGAGUGGCUAGCAAAAUACUGGGAGACUAGAGAGCAGCGUGCUCCUGCUUUGAAAACUAAAGCAAUCCAGAAAACGGAUCAGGAACAGCAGGACCCCAUGGAAUAUCUGCAGUCUGAUGAAGAGGAUGAUGAAGAGAAAAACGGAGCUCACUCCGCUGCUGGCCGCCGCCGCCUCCAGGAACAGCGUGAACGUAUGCAUGGCGCACUGGCUCUCAUCGAGCUUGCAAAUCUCGCUGUGGCACCACUGCGGCAGUAGAGAGCAACAGAGUCUGCCUAUACACACUUCCUGGUGGUACUUAACCAGAUAGAUCCCGGUUAUAAGCUAAGCACCUUAUUUGCUUAUCAUAGGCUGCUAUUCUGUAGAAUUCAUGAAGAAUGUUGUUGCCCCAUAACAUGGGGUGAGAGAAUUGCACUUUUUGUAAGGUAAAAGACAGAUGUAAAGUUUAAAAGUAUUUUGUAAAUAUAGCACUGCAUAAUGCAGGGUUGACAAAUUUACAUGUUGUGGGAAGCUAGAUUUUGCAAGGUUAACUCAUUUAUUUGAAGCAGAUUUCACAGGAAGCACUUUCUGAACAAAGUGUUCAUGAUUAGCAGACUGGUACAUGUGGCCAAAGAAGGCUGACGAAAAGUAUUUAUCUGACUAUUUAACUAAAUUUAUAUUAAGUGGUAGGUCUGAAGAGAUUAAGUAUCAAUGUCACCAUGGUUUUCUAAUGUCGGCAUAUCUUUACCUAGUAUCACUGAGGCAGAAGGCAGAGCUUAGUUAUCACAGCUUGUAGAGGGGAUAUGCUUCAUGCAGGAAAGUUAAGAUUGUUCAGCAUCCUCACUGUGACUGCUCAGGGUAUGAGGCUUGACUUUGCUGUUUUGUGCUUUCUGUUUCGAUUUCAGCAGAAUCUAUUGGUAGCACUUGUUAUUCCUAACAUAUGAUGUUAGGAACUUUUGCACAUUGUUUGGUUUAUCUGAAAAUGAUUAGUCUUGCAAAGUCUAGACAAAGGUAAAAAAUGGUAAUAUUUUUUCAGAUAUUUUUGGACCCUGUAGUGAUUUGGCACUUGAUUUUGUUAAUAGAAGGGGGUAUUUACAGGGUGGUAUGGAUUUGUAGUAAACUAUUCUAGAUGUCCUAGUAGCGAACACUAAGUUUUAAAGCAUUGCUUUUAUGUGAUUAUUAGCAAAUAGAAGCCUCCAUACUUUCAGUGCAUAAAGCCACCUUAUUGCUUUACUUCAGGAUAACAUGCCUAUUUUGUUUUCACUAACUGUACCACAGCUGUUACUUAAACACUGCAGAAAAGUAUUCACAACUAGAAAAUAGGCUUCCAAAGAUAGUUAUGAGUGUGUUAACAGUGUGAUUUCAUGUAUUUCCCAAAUAAGUGAAGUUACAGAAUGCUGUCGAGUACUCAGAUGCUGAUAUAAAAUAUUAAGCAGGAUAUCUUGCCACUUCAUUAAUAUUGUAUAGUUUAAAAUAGCAUUGCCUCAUGGUGAUCUUUUUCUGUAUCUUGCUUUGAAGGCAACCAGAGAUUCCUAAUAUGCUAACAGAACUUUGUUUUCAGAUAACACUUUUUGUUGUGUGGUUUAUUGGUGUGUUGUUUUGUUUUGUGUUGGUUUUUGUUUGUUUGUUUUGUUAAGCUACUGCUUUAGGGGAUAUCAGUAAUUUGUAUUUGCUGACCUGCUUGCUUUAACUCCUUCCUCUCAUUGAAGGUCAGGAAAUUCAGAUAAGAAGGGAAGCCACUUCCCCUCUCGCUUAAACAAGAGGACAAAAUCAAUUUUAUUAGUCACUUGAUACAGACUGAUCAGAUGUGUACAGCUGUUCCAGGAAAGUAGAGUGAUUUUACACCAGAAACUGAUGGAUUGUGUUAUCUGAUAAUUUUUAACCUGUUGUGGUUGAAAAUCUCAUUAACCCAGUUUGUUUAAUUCAUAUAUUGAUGCACUUAUCUAAAGAGCAAUUGAGUAAUUUAAAUAAAACAACCUCUUUCACUGAAUAUAAAUAGUAUAAACAUUGUUGCACCAGUGAUACGGUUAACUUUUGCUUUCAGCUCCUAAGCUUAUCUGACAUCAGGCUUAUUUGUUUCUAUUUUAAGUUGUUUGGACUUAAAAAUAUGAAACGCUCCCUAGAAUGACUGCAUUCUAGUCUUCUCAGCCCGUGUAAAACUGGUAGUUCCUGUGUAGGAUUGGAGUUUCUCAAAGAACUUACUUGCUUUUGGCUGUUCAGUUGGCUGCAUGGAAAUAGUCUGAUCCUAAAAUGAACCGUGAGCAUACAUCUGUUGCACUUCUGAAUCAUAACUGAGAAUUGCUCCUGAGUAGUAUUUCACAGGGCACAGGAUUGUGUAAUUACCAAAAAGCUGCAGACUGGAGUAAUGAUGUUCUUCUUUAGGAUUUUCUUUUAAUUUUUUUUUUUCCCAGUCAACUGUAAUGCUUCGACCAAGUCAAAGAAUAUUUCUACAAGUAUGACAAGUACACUGAAUUGUACUUGGCUGUAGAUUAAAUUCAGACAGCUCAAGCAGUUUUGUGUCAUGACAAAUACCAAGUUAAAAAAAAAUAAAACUGAGAUGCUUUUGGUUUUGUUAAGAAGUGAUUACAUACAAGAAAUCUUCAAGUGUUCAAUACUUCAUAAGAUUAAGUUGUAGUUUGGUGUGACUUAAUAGCAGAAGGGUGGAUGUGCUGUCAUUUUAAUAAAAUGCUUUGAGUAAAAACUGGGUUUAAUUCUCAA